AUGCGGCUAAUACUUUGCCUCUUCAAUACUGAAGACUCAGCUGACGAGCACAAGUCUUCUUCUCCUCUAGAGGUCCCUGCUUAUGAUUAUGUCUAUGAUGCAGCGGACAGAUUGCAGGGACCAGAAGGAAGUUCUGUGGAAUUAACAGUUCAAACCAGACCCGAAAUAAAGCACUUAGCUCUCACGCGAGAAAAGAUUUCACUGAAUUCUGUAAAAUCAAGGCUAUGCGAAGUUCCUGGUUCGGAAAAGAACUACCCCAAAAUCAGUUAUAUUAAGCUAACAUCAUUCAACCAAAGGCUUCUGUGGUGGGCUUUCACCCAAAGGAAUCGAAACCCCAAGAUUUGGUUAGAGAAGGGUGUGAUUGAGUAUAUUUGUGAUAAUCAUGGAGUUCGAGAUAUAUAUGACACGGAUGGAAGCUCAGCAAUAGCAGCUUCAGAACCCCUAGCUGUACUGGUGAACAUGGGUACUGCAAGUGCGAGUGAAAUUUUAACUGGUGCGUUGAAAGAUAAUAAACGUGCAGUAUUGUUCGGAGAACCGACAUACGGGAAAGGCAACAAGAUCCAAUCGGUUUUUCAGCUAUCUGAUGGCUCCGGAUUGGCUGUUACCGUAGCUCAUUAUGAGACACCUGCACACAACGAUAGCAACAAGGUUGGUCUGAUCCCGGACCAUCCUCUACCAAACUCAUUUCCGAAGGAUGAUGACAGUUUUUGUGGCUGCCUUCAAGACCCUGCAUAUGCUUGCUAUGAUGAAUUCUAUUAUUUAAUUUAUGUUUUACGCAAUAAAUACUUGAUUCUUGUUCUCAAUUAUAUGUGCUUAUUUCUUAUUUUAAUAUUUUCGGGAUAUUAAUUCAUGUUUAAUGUACUUAAUCAGAAGAGCAAAAGUCUCUGUUUAAGAGUAGAUCUAGCAUAAUUAAGUGAAGUUGCAUGCAAUCCUAAAAAUAGGAUGACAUAAAUCUACCGGAUUAGAGUCAAAUCUAAUAGGGAAAUCCAUAGAUCAAGUUAAUACGAUAAUAGAGGUUCUAAAUAGAAAGAAAUUUCAAUUAAUCAGCCUAAAGUCAAUUACUCUUACUCUCAAAAGAGAGAUUAGCAUAAUUUAGUGAUUUAUACAGAUCAAGAUACCAAGUAAAUAAAUCGUUUAAUUGAUUCAUAAUAAUAGAUGAGGUCUAGGUGGAUUCGU